UCUGUGAAUUUCUCGAGAUCAUCUUCAUGCACACAAUUUUCUGAUUAUAUUGUCUUUUUCCUCAUUGAUAGUAACUCUUUUAUUGUCAUCAUUUACUGGCUGGAGGAUUGCAGAAAGUGCUUAGUGCUCGGGCUACUGACUGCUAUCGCGUCUGGUCAAACAGAUCUGGUGCAAUCAAGGCCAGCAUUGUCACUUCUGCAGAUCUAUAAAAAAAACAAUAAUUUCCAGGAAGUGAUAAUAACUGGUUCUGGGUCUGGUCCCCUUCCUGUGGAUAAGUUUGAGGUCAUGAAGAAAGGAGGAUAUCAACCUCAUCUUGAUGGCCCCCACACCGUACCAAGAAACUGUGUUUUUUCGAAGUCAAUUGCAAAAGAUGAAGCAAGAGCCACCUGCAGAAAGAAAAUGUUAGUUACAAGAAGUUCUGGCAUAAUGGCGGUGAAAUAUGGUCAAUCUCUCUAUGGAGGGCAACAUAUACUACCAGCCUACCAGGUAAAGAGCAAAUCUUUUCAAGAUUUCUGGUCCCCUUCCAUGAAAGCCGUGCAGCAUGAGGUACGGGUUAUCAUAUCAUGGCUCGAAUGUCCUGUCUAUUUCAUGCCAUUAAUUCAAAAAGUAGGACGCGGCGUAUGUUUAAUGCGUAGGCAAAUGACCUGCUCAACACGCUACUAGGACAUCUGUGAUCUAUGCCUAUAAAUUCACAGGUCAUUGCUCUUCUCAGCACACCACAACACUUUCUAAGGAUUUCAUUUCCUCGCUAGCUUCUGGCAACUUUUUUCUCGUGUUUCUAAUGUCCCUGACUAGAAAUACUAUCUCAAUGGCUAAGAUUUUGACAGUAAGGUAUGUAACAGAAGUUGCUCCACUUAAGUUUAUCUCGGUGGUGAAGCGUCCGCUAAUUAUAGUGCUGGCCACCAUAACCGAGGAAGAGGAUCGUGUCUGAAGCUAUGAAGACUUGCACCAUUUAUGCCCCUGUAAAUCUGCAAAUUUUUUGUUUUUUCUUAAAAAAAUUGUUAUGGAGUAUUUUGUCUUCGGAUGGGCUGAUUUACAUCCUGAAUUUUGUAGGCUGUGAAUCUGUGAUGAGCUCUAUCUUUUACUAGAGUAUAUAGAAUAAGGGGUUUUGAAUUUGGAGACAUUUGUGUAUUUGAGUGAAUUCUAGUUUUACACAGUUUUUCACCUUAUAACCAUAUCUUGUAUGUAAUACAUCUUUCUUGACUUGUACCUUGA